AUGCCAGAAGAAGAAGCAUUCGCUGUCUUGGUGAGACUCAUGGAUGACUACCGAUUACGAGAAAUGUACAAACCAUACAUGGCAGAAUUAGGGCUAUACAUGUAUCAGCUGGAAUGUAUAGUGCAAGAGCUUCUCCCAGAAGUUCACAUUCAUCUUCAGUCUCAAAGUUUUCAGACUUCAAUGUAUGCAUCGUCUUGGUUCUUAACUCUCUUCACAUCUUCAUUACCCCUUCAACUGGUCUGUCGGGUGAUGGACCUUCUGUUGUCUGAGGGAAUUGAGAUCAUUUUCAGAAUAGCUGUAACCAUUCUUCAAUUUUGUAAAGAAGACAUCUUGCAGUUAGACAUGGAAGGAAUGUUGAAGUAUUUUCAGAAAGAAAUGCCUGCUAAGUGUGAAACGGAUCCAGAUUACUUAAUUAACAAGGCCUUGCAAGUCAAAUACAACAUCAAAAAUAUGAAGAAAUUAGAAAAAGAGUAUUCAACGUUAAAGACAAGGGAACAAGAAGAAAUGACAGAAAUGCGGAAGAUACGGGUAGAAAACAGGAUUCUUAAACAAAGAAUUGAAAACCUAGAGCAGGAAAAUGCUGCAUUAGCAGGCAGGUUAAUAGAGGGACAGGUUAGUCGAGCUCAGGAAGCAGAAGAUAAUUUUGCUAUAAAGAGAGAGCUUGUUGUCUUGCGGGACAGAGAAAAUACUAUAAGAGAAGAAUUGAAACUAGCUUAUGAACAAAUUCAAGAAAUGCACAAGCUUGGGUCUCAGCCUCCUUCACUUGACAUGUAUGCAGAAGAUAUUAUUCAGGUGCUACAGGAAGAGCUGGUUGCUGUGAAGCUGAGAGAGGCAGAGAAAGAAGAUGUUAUGAUACACUUGCGACAGAGGAUUCUUGAACUUGAGGAGGCCAAUAAGCAGCUGCGAGAAGUCACACCUGAUAAUUCCAUGGCUAGCCUCCAAGAAGAAUUGAUUGCUAGUAAACUGCGAGAAGCUGAAAUUAACCUGUCCAUGAAAGAGCUACGACAAAAAAUAACAGAUCUACAGUUAAUGUGGGAGAAACAUUUAGCUGAGACAGAGACUGACUGUCCAUCACCAUCCAAAAAACAAGAAAAAACCAUGCUUGCACAGUUACAGAAAGAUCUGAUGACAGCAAAAUUUUGUGAAGCAGAUGCUACAGCAGAACUGAAGGAACUGAGGCAGAAGGUCAUGGAAUUAGAAACUCAGAACCAGGUGAGCCUGAACCAGCUCCGACGUCAAGCAGAAGAAAUGAAAAAGCUGCAGGAGAAGUUCGACUCUGCUUUAGAUGAAAACAACAAACUACAGAACCAUCUGCGAGAAGAACAGCGAAAAAAUAUUGAUUUGCUUUCCCAGAUGAAGGAAGAUCAAGUGAUGUCUAAAAUACGAGAAGUCGAACAAACCCAAAUCACCGCUGAACUAAGGCAGAAAAUUUCAUCUUUAGAAAUCAGAAACCAGGAAAUAGUGACUGCUGGACAGUUAUCCUUAGGGGAAGAAAAUGACACCAUUAAAGAUCUUCACGAUCGUCUAAAUGAUCUACAAGUUGAGGUUGGACGAUUGGAAACCCAAAACAGAAAGCUAAUAUCUACUGUUGCCCUUCAGAACCUUAGACAAAACAGCAGGAUAUCAGGAGGAUCUGUUAGUCGUAUUAACAGCCUCUUAGAAAUGGCUAUUAGCAGAAGUAAUAGCAGUGAGAACAAUUUGUUAGAGAACCAGUGGCUUCAACUUGGAAGUGAACCACAUCUUCCAACAAGUAAAGAUUUAUUUGAAAAUGGCAAAACUUGAUAAAAUGUUUUUUCAAUAAAUACAUAAAAUUAAAAUGUAAAUUUGUUUCAUAUCUUCUUUGUUUGUUUAUGACAUUUUUGAAUACAAAUCAUUAUAUUUUGUUUAAGUUUGUACCAGCAAUGAGAUGCAGUUUUAAAUAAAGUAGAGACCUUCAGGUUUGCUGUUAUAACAACAAUCAGUUCCUACGUUACAUGUAUUUAAAACUAACAGUAGUUAUAAAUAAUGUAUCCCCAGAGUGAUACUCUGAAAUUUCUAGUUUGAUGUACAUAUAAAUAUAUUAGAAAGUAGUGUAAAAAGUAAACCUAUAAUACCCAGUUAUUUGUGGUUGAGAGGUUAGAUGCAAUAUUACGAAGUUUAGUGAGUAGUGUAAUAUUUUGAGUUAUUAAAAAGUGACUUACUAACAAGCACUAGAGAGUUAACCCUUACCUGGUGUGUGACAGGUCUCAGGUUCAAGUCCUAGGUAAGGAAAUAUAUGUAUAUAUUGUGGAAAAUAUAAAUUAUUUGGAUUGCUGAAGGUGUUUAUAAAACUUGAGUUAAUUUACACAUAACUUAAAUUGACGAUGUACAUUUCUGAUUAUAUAAAACCUUUCUUCAUGUGAAGCUCUUACAAUAUUAAGAGUUCAUUCUUAUUUUUUUUGUCUUUUUAAUAAUUUUAUUUGAUAACAGAAGAUUAUCUAAAUGCGUCAUUUUAGAAAUAUUGGGUAAAAGUUUAUGGUUUAAACAUAUUUUUUUGUA